UUAUAAAGAUUAAGUGGGCAAAAUGGAAAAGAGUACUCUUGACACGAUCCAUCGCAAUGGUUCCAUCAGUUCUUGUUGCUGUCUUGGCAACCAAGCAGUUAGACACACUAAAUGAGUGGAUCAACGUACUACAAAGUAUCCAGUUACCAUUUGCACUUUUACCAAUUUUACAUUUUACAAGUAGUCUUAGAAUAAUGGGAGAUUUUAAAAAUGGAGGAGUUACAAAAGUUUUAAUGUGGGGGCUGGCAGUAGUUGUCAUGGCAAUCAACAUCUACUUAGUAGUUUUGGCAGUACCUGUAGAAUGGUAUUCACUAUUACCUGUGUGUGUCAUAGGUCUAGUGUACUGUGCUUUCAUAGUGUACUUG